UCAAACAACCGUAAAAGACACAACCGAAGUGUGGGACUGCGAAGUUGGAACUCAACAGAGUUCGUGUGUACGAAGACUCUAAGUAAACACGUCUGUCGGCUGACUUUGUUACGAAAAGGCCCCUACUUUCCAGUAAGAAUAUCUGAUGCAAACAUUGUCAGGAACUCAAGAGAAGCAAAACUGAAACCUUAACGACAGUCAAAGGGACAUGAAAAUCACCCAAUAGAAUCCGAAAUGCCACCCAAGUCCCUCCCAGCGAAAGCCCCAAAACCCUACUUCUUCUACGGCCACCGUAAGCCCUCUCAAAACCGCCCCGUCGUAUACGGUGGCCUCUUUUCCAACCGCCAAAUCCUCAAAACUCCCCAAACCCCUCCACCACCUUCACCACCCUUCGAUCUCCGUAAAUGGGAUCCAUAUUAUCUCUCCCAGAACCCAUCACCACCGUCCACUCCCAAUCCCCACCAAAACCCGAAGCUCUCCCCAAUCGCCCGCUUCAUCGUCGACGCCUUCCGCAAGAACCAGUAUACGUGGGGACCGAUGGUGGCCUUAGAACUCAACAAGCUCCGCCGCGUCACCGCCUCGCUGGUGGCGGAAGUGCUCAAAGUCCAGAACGACCCCGUUCUGGCUUCCAAGUUCUUCCGUUGGGCUGGUAAGCAGAAAGGAUUUAAACAUAAUUUCGCUUCUUACAAUGCUUUAGCUUAUUGUCUCAAUAGAAAUGGUCGUUUUCGCGCUGCUGAUCAGUUACCGGAGCUAAUGGAUUCCCAAGGGAAGCCACCAACUGAAAAACAGUUUGAAAUUUUAAUACGAAUGCAUGCUGAUAACAAUAGAGGACAAAGGGUUUAUUAUGUGUAUCAGAAAAUGAAGAAUUUUGGAAUAAAGCCGCGUGUUUUUUUGUAUAAUCGGAUAAUGGAUGCGUUGGUCAAAACGGGUUAUUUAGAUUUAGCAUUGUCAGUGUAUGAGGAUUUUAGAGGGGAUGGUUUGGUGGAGGAGAGUAUCACAUUCAUGAUAUUGAUCAAGGGGUUAUGUAAGGUUGGGCGGAUAGAGGAAAUGCUGGAGGUUUUGGGGAGGAUGAGGGGGAAGUUAUGUAAGCCGGAUGUUUUUGCCUAUACAGCUAUGGUUAGGAUUUUGGUUUCGGAAAAGAAUUUGGAUGGGUGCUUGCUUGUUUGGGAGGAGAGGAGAGAUGGGGUGGAGCCGGAUGUGAUGGCGUAUGUCACAUUGGUUACAGGGUUGUGUAAGGGAGGGAGGGUGCAAAGAGGAUACGAGUUGUUUAGGGAGAUGAAAGAGAAAGGGAUUUUGAUUGACAGGGCAACCUAUGGUGUCUUAAUUGAAGGAUUUGUGAAGAAUGGGAAGGUUGGGUCUGCUUGUGAUUUGUUGAAGGAUUUGGUAGAUUCAGGAUACAGGGCUGAUUUGGGGAUUUUCAAUUCACUUAUCGAGGGAUUGUGUGAUGCAAGGCUAGUUGAUAGAGCUCAUAAGCUUUUUCAGGUUGCUGUCCAAGAGGGUUUGGAGCCAGAAUUUGCAACCGUGAAUCCCAUGUUGGUGGCGUUUGCAGAGAUGAGACAAAUGAAUGACUUUUGCAAGUUGCUUGAGCAGAUGCAGAAGUUAGGAUUUUCUGUUAUUGAUGAUCUUUCUAAGUUCUUCUCAUUUGUGGUUGAGAAGGAGGAAAGAACAGUCACGGCUAUACAAGUCUUUGAUGAGUUAAAAGUGAAAGGUUACACUGGCAUUCCAAUUUACAGGAUCUUAAUGGACGCUUUCUGCAAGACUGGGAAGGUGAAACAAGCAUUAUCACUCUUCCAAGAAAUGAAGAAUUUGAAUUUUGAGCCUGACUCCUCUACAUAUAGUACUGCACUUAUAUGUUUUGUUGAAGAUGAAAAUAUUAAGGAAGCUUGUGUCUGCCAUAAUAAAAUAAUAGAGAUGUCAUGUGUUCCUUCUAUUGAUGCUUAUUAUUCUCUUGCGAAAGGUCUCUGCAAAAUUGGGGAGAUCGAUGCAGCUAUGAUGCUUGUUCGUGAUUGCCUGGGGAAUGUUACAAAUGGGCCCAUGGCAUUUAAGUACGCUCUUACUAUUCUUCACGCCUGUAAAUCAGGUGCUGAGAAAGUGACGGAAGUGUUGAAUGAAAUGAUGCAAGAAGGUUGGCCUCCAGAUAACAUCAUAUGCUCUGCACUUAUAUCUGGUAUGUGCAAGUACGGGACCAUAGAAGAGGCAAGGAAGGUUUUUGCUAAUUUGAGAACGCGCAAACUUUUAACCGAAGCUAAUACAAUUGUCUAUGAUGAAAUAUUAAUUGAACAUAUGGAGAAGAAAGCAGCAGACCUUGUGCUCUCAGGAUUGAAGUUCUUUGGUCUGGAAUCCAAAUUAAAAGCAAAGGGUUCCACCCUGCUAUCUAGAUGAAGAAUUGAAGGCCAGUAUAUAUUUUCAAUGAGUCAUUCGCCUGAUAGGCUGCCAAUCUUAUAAGCAGGCAUCAAGAUUGGUCAAGCUUGGUUGACCGGUGGACACAGACUAAUGAUUUAAUCUCUAUUAGAAGGCUUCAGUCUGUAUCGAUCAGCUCAGCUUGUUUUGCUUCUCUAGAGGAGCACGAUUCUACCGCUGGGUCCAAAUAUGCACAGAGCAGUCUGUUUACAGGGACGUGCUCUUCCCUUUUGUAAGAUUAUUCCAUGAGAAAUACGCAUGCACACACACACAAAAAAGGAUUGUUUUAUGACAAAGUCAUCUUGGUAACCUUCUUUGAGGUUUAGAUAAAAUAUGUUGCAGUUUCAUUAAAUAUACUGUUCUGAUCAAUAUCAACUUCAG